CGACAGCAGCAGCCGCCUCCACGAAUACACACACUCAAGGCACCCUGCACUUUUACAUCCUCCUGACUACCAACUCCGAGCAGUGAUUACAGAAAACAUAAAUAAAUAAGAAGGGGGCUGUUUUGACUACUGAAAGCCGCGUAGUGUCCGAUUUCAGUCACUGCCGUUGUAAUGGACAUUUGAUUAUUAAACGCAACUUUAAAUUGGAGGACUUCCUUUUAACACCGGCGCACUUUAAAAGCUGAUGAUAAAGAUUAAGGGAUUUACCGAACGGGUGCUUUGAGCACAAAUAAUCAGCUUUUACUAAAUAAAUAUACUUUUUUUUCAUAUAAUAGCUUACUUUGUUCUCUAAAAUUGGCUCCCGUACAAACAGCCGCGUUGGAUCCCUCGGCUUACUGCGAGACUCCGGUGUACAACCCGGAUCUCUGCCCGAAUAUGAUAGCUGCUCAGGCCAAGUUGGUCUACCACCUGAACAAGUACUACAACGAGAAAUGCCAGUCUCGGAAAGCGGCGAUCUCCAAGACGAUCAGGGAGGUGUGCAAGGUGGUAUCAGACGUCUUGAAGGAGGUGGAGGUCCAAGAGCCCCGGUUCAUCAGCUCAUUGAACGAAAUGGAGAACCGUUAUGAGGGUCUGGAGGUCAUCUCACCCACCGAAUUCGAGGUGGUCCUGUACUUAAACCAGAUGGGAGUUUUCAACUUUGUGGAUGACGGCUCUUUACCGGGCUGCGCCGUCUUAAAGCUCAGCGACGGCCGAAAAAGAAGCAUGUCCCUGUGGGUCGAGUUCAUCACCGCUUCUGGUUACCUUUCGGCUCGCAAGAUCCGGUCCCGGUUUCAGACACUAGUAGCGCAGGCUGUGGAUAAGUGCAGCUACAGAGAUGUCGUAAAGAUGGUCGCUGACACCAGCGAGGUGAAAUUGCGCAUCAGAGACAGAUACGUAGUUCAGAUCACUCCAGCUUUCAAGUGCACGGGGAUAUGGCCAAGGAGCGCUGCCCACUGGCCUUUACCCCACAUCCCCUGGCCGGGACCCAACAGGGUGGCAGAAGUCAAAGCCGAAGGUUUUAACCUUUUAUCUAAAGAAUGCUACUCCUUAAACGGGAAGCAGAGCUCGGCAGAGAGCGACGCGUGGGUCUUACAAUUUGCUGAAGCCGAAAAUCGCCUUCUUUUGGGAGGCUGCAGGAAGAAAUGUCUGUCCGUUCUGAAGACAUUGCGCGACCGUCACCUUGAACUGCCAGGACAGCCUCUCAACAAUUAUCACAUGAAAACUUUGGUCUCAUACGAGUGUGAAAAGCAUCCUAGGGAAUCGGACUGGGACGAGAGCUGUCUGGGAGAUCGACUGAACGGGAUUUUAUUACAACUCAUCUCGUGUUUGCAGUGCAGGAGAUGUCCGCAUUAUUUUUUGCCUAAUUUAGACCUGUUUCAAGGAAAACCUCAUUCAGCCCUUGAAAAUGCGGCUAAACAGACUUGGCGAUUGGCAAGAGAAAUUCUUACCAACCCCAAAAGCCUGGAAAAACUCUGAGGUAAAAAAUACUACUUCUACUAAUGAAAUAUACAUAUAUACAGCGAUAGAUCUAACUUCAUCGAGGCUAUUGAAAGGCCUAGAUGACAUUUGUUAAUCCAGGACUCCUUGGACAAAAAAAUAUCUUUCUGCUGUUUUGUUUUAAACCAUGUUCGUGUAAAACUGUGGAGCCAACAAAAAUGUCCCGUGGAUUUAUUUGUUUUGUCAUUUUGAACAUAAGUACAAGUAACUGGCUUUUCAAAGCAUACAUUUACAAUUUUUAUCAUAAGUAUUAAUUUGAAGGAAAAAAGAGCACAACUGAAAAUAAAAAGGUGGAUUACAUACAUACUCCAGUUCUGUUAUUAUCAUGUUUGGGGUUGAUUGCUAUGUCAUUUUUAUAAAAGCGCCAACGCAUAUUAAAUCAGACUGUGUUUAUUCGCAAAAAGGCACUCCCACUUUUUGUGUUUAAAAUGAGCCCUGGACAAAACUCGGCUGUACAUUUUAUUUCUGUAUAUAUAGAUUGUGGUUCCAGUGGUCAGAAAUUGUGAAUGUUGUUUUUGUGACACGUACAUAGAAGUCAAAUUCCAUAUAUUUAUGAAUAACUUCAGGAUUUUUCUGCUAGAAAAAAAAUACAAGGUAGACUACAUCAGUGGUAUUUUUUACUUUGUUUGUCAUUGGAAAGUGUCUAAUUUUGAAAAGUUUACAUUCUGAUGGUACUAUUUGUUCAAUUUUAUAACAUUCCAUAAAUAUACUUGAAUUCUUAUUUAAAAUAUAUUCGAUCAAUUCUGUUUUGAUUCUGCUUAUAUGAUAACGCUUGAAAAAUAAAAUA